GCCUUUCGAUGUUACACGAGGGGUGUUUCGCAAAGUAAACAUGGAAUGACGUUUGAAUUGGAAUUAACUUUUGCGUUUUCUAUGUGUACAUUGGUGAUUAAGACGUGUGUACAGACAGCAUGGCCUCCCCAUCAGGAUCAGACAAACCGUCAGUGUCUAAUGUGGAAGAAAACAGAACUCGUCUCUGCGAUGAGUUUGCAGCGAUAGCAGGAGCUGACACCGCUGUGGCUCAAUGCUUCCUGGCUGAAAACGAGUGGGAGAUGGAGAGAGCGUUGAACUCUUUCUUUGAGGCAGACAUGGAGAGAGUAUUUGAAGUAGAGGAUUUUCCAGAGGGAAACGCAAGUCCUAAAACAAAGAAGCAGAAGGUUGAUGAGAAACCUGCAAGAGACUGCAUUGAUUUGACUGGAGACAGCCCUGCAUCCUCACGCAAACCCACGGAGGAAGAUGAUGGUAAACUGUCAGUGAUUUCCUGGAACGUGGACGGACUUGAUACAGUCAACCUUGUAGAGCGUGCCAGAGGCCUGUGCUCCUACUUAGUCUUAUACACUCCAGAUGUGGUUCUUCUACAGGAACUCAUUCCACCCUAUGUCCAGUAUUUGAAGAAACGGGCUGUCAGCUAUCUGAUCAUUGAAGGUGGUGAAGAUGGUUACUUCACUGGGAUGAUGCUAAAGAGGUCACGAGUCAAAUUGGUGGAGAGCGAGAUCGUACCUUACCCCACCACACAAAUGAUGAGGAAUCUGCUUAUAGCUCAAGUGGAUUUCAAAGGCCAGAAACUUUAUCUCAUGACUUCACACUUUGAGAGCUGUAAGGCUCAUUCAGAGGAGCGGAUGAAGCAGUUGCGAGUGGUGAUGCAGAGGAUGAGGGAGGCGCCCAAUGAUGUCACCGUCAUGUUUGGAGGAGACACAAAUCUAAGGGACUCUGAGGUUGCCAAGGUGGGCCUGCCGUCCAGUGUCUGUGAUGUCUGGGAACAACUGGGCAAACAGGAGCACUGCCGCUACACAUGGGACACCAAAGCCAACAACAACAAGAGUGUUCAAUAUAUCAGUCGCUGCCGCUUUGAUCGGGUUUAUUUCCGCCCGGCAACAAAGGAUGGAGUCCCUCACAUGGCCCCUGACCACAUGGCCCUGGUGGGUCAGGAGAAGCUGGACUGUGGACGCUACACUAGUGAUCACUGGGGAAUCUACUGUAGCUUUGCUGCUGGGUAAUAAUGCGACAAAUGCUAGUCAGUGAUUUUCAUUUAAGUUCAACUGGUCCAUUUUGUUUGUUUUAUUUUACUGAACAUUUGCCUCUUUGCUACUGUGUCCAUAUCCUUUUGAAAGAAUAUGAAAUAAACUCAUGUGAGAUUG